UUGGGGAAAUGCUUGGUACCAGCGUUGCUAAGCGACGCGUGCUUACCGCGCGGCCUAUGUCUCGGCUUCCUGCGACUACACGCGGGAGGGCGCAAUUCGCGAUGGCCACCGUCGGUGAAUUCAUUUUUAUUAGACAAGAAUGAUAGAGAAAAAUGAAGCCAACCAGUGAACCUCUGCCUCGUGAACAUAGUACUGAGACUGUUCUCCAGUGCAUUUUAAAGGAGUCCACCAGUGAAUUUGAUAGUUUACAAUGGCUAUCCAAUCAAGGGGCUUCUGAUCAUAGUUUUCUAUUUGCAAAGGCUGAACAACUUCUGGAAAAGCGAAUGAAAGAUGGAGAACAACUGGCAUAUUUUCUCAAAGGGCAACUUUAUUUUGAAGAGAAACGGUAUGAAGAUGCAUUAUUGUAUUUUGAACAAAACACGGAUUUUCAGUCCAUGUAUCAGUUGGGUGUAAUGUACUACGAUGGAUUGGGAACUACUCCAGAUUCUGAUCACUUAUUCUUUGCUUUGAUUCACCUGCAGAAGAAAGGAGUUGAAUAUAUGAAGAAGAUUCUUGACUCUGACUCCCCUAAAGCAAGACAUUUAAAAUUUGCUGCUGCAUACAACCUUGGCCGAGCUUACUAUGAAGGACGUGGGACUCAAUUUUCUGAAGAAGAAGCUGAAAGAUUAUGGAUUAUUGCUGCAGAUCAUGGGAACCCAAAAGCAAGUGUAAAGGCUCAGAGUGCACUUGGAAUGUUGUAUUCAGCACAUGCUAAGGAUCUUAAAAAGGCGUUCUUUUGGCACUCAGAAGCUUGUGGGAAUGGAAGCUUGGAAUCUCAAGGCAUCCUUGGGAUUAUGUAUCUUCAUGGACAUGGCAUACGUCACAAUUUGAAGGCUGCUUUGGAGUGCCUCAAUCAGGCAUCAGAUCGAGGAAAUGUCUAUGCUAAAGGCCAUCUGGUGGAAUAUUAUUACAAGAGGAAAUGUUUUAUAAAAGCGGCCGAGUUUGCCAAAAGAGUAACAGAAAACGACAAUGUUGAAAAGAUAGCAAAGGAAACAGAUUGUCUUCCAUUUUACAUAAGCAGAGGACUUGCAAUGGCUUCUUUCUACUUGGCCAGAUGCCUCCAGCUUGGCCGAGGAACCCAACAAGAUUUAGCAGCAGCUAAAAAAUAUUAUUCUAAGGCAUGUCGAUUGGAUCCUGCUUUAGCUGCUGAUCUUGAGCUGACUGCAAAUCAUGGGAGAAUUUAGAAUAUUAUUUCGCUGAAUCUAAGCAACACGUUUCUUUCAGGUUCUGAUUAAUGUUAACAAAC